UUCCUCCCUCUGGAGCCGCAGCGAGAAGCAGCGAGAAGCCCGGCCCAGGCAGCGCCCCGAGGCUCGGCCGCAGCCCCCGGCGCACACCUGCACCCCCAGAUUCCAUUAGUGAAAGGCCAGCGUGGAGGAAAACCCAGCGUGGGGGAAACACCAGAGUGGGCGAAAACUGGCCCAGCCCCGCCCGUGCCAGCCUGCGUUUCCCAGCUCCGUGUGCUGCUGCUGAGGGGGCUGGAGCCCCCCGGGCUGUGCCUGGCACCAUGGUGGGUCAGAGUGCCGAGCCCAGGGCUGCCGUGCUCCUGCAGCCCUUCGUGCACCAGGUGGGCGGCCACACCAGCAUGCUGACCUACGACGAGCACACCAUCUGCAAGCCCCUGGUGUCGCAGGAGCUGAGCUUCUACGAGUCCCUGCCCCUGGCCAUGAGGCAGUUCACGCCUCAGUACAAAGGCAUUGUGUCUGUGCACCUCAAGAAGGACAGCCUGGGCAACCUGACCCUGAUUGCGAGCCCUGGCCUGGGCCAGCCGGACAGCUGUGGCCGCCUGGACAGCGCCGGCGGUGACCCCGCGGUCACCCUGUGGCACAAAUGCAAGUGGAGCCACAGCCAGGUCAGCAAGAGCUUCAAAGACAGCUGCCCUGGGAAGAUGCUUUUGAGGACAGACCUUCAGUACCACACAGAUUCCCUUUUGGAAGAUGCAAAUGGGAAGCAGCCAGAAAGGAAGAGCUACAACCCCUGGGGGCUGCACUGUCACCGGCAGCACCUGAACCGCAUGUCCUCCAAGCACAAUGAGAACAAACUUCAUCAGUUUCUCCUGCUGGAGAACGUGGUGUCCAAGUACAGCUACCCCUGCAUCCUGGACCUGAAGAUGGGCACUCGGCAGCACGGGGAUGACGCCUCGGAGGAGAAGAAAGCCCGGCACAUCAAGAAGUGUGAGCAGAGCACCUCGGCGUCGCUGGGCGUGCGCAUCUGUGGGAUGCAGGUUUACCAGGCAGACACCGGCCAUUUCUUGUGCAAAGACAAAUACUACGGGAGGAAGCUCUCUCCGGAGGGAUUCCGGCAGACCCUGCGGCAGUUCCUGUGCAACGGGAACCAGCUGAGGACCGACCUGCUGGAGCCCAUCAUCCUGCGGCUCAAGGCCCUGCUGGCGGUGAUCAGGAAGCAAAGCUCCUACAGGUUCUACUCCAGCUCCCUCCUCAUAAUUUACGACGGGCAGGAGCACAAGGAGAGCGCAGAUCAGCACCUCCCCUUCCCAAAAACUCACGGCACGAACCCCUCCAGGGUGGAUGUGAGGAUGAUAGACUUUGCCCACACCACCUUCAAAGGCUCCAAGAGCAACCCCAACCCCACCCCGCACGAUGGGCCGGACCACGGCUACAUUUUUGGCUUGGAGAACCUAAUCAAAAUCCUUCAGAGCCUGUUGGAAGGGAAGUGAGAAUUUCUGUGAAACGGCCUGGAUUUCCUAAGGACUGAUAGCCCUGAAAAUCCUGCCCAGGGUUGGCUGUGUGGGACCCUCCGGCCGCUGGAUGUGGCACGGAAAAAUCGGGAAGUGCUGAAAACUCUCCGUGCGCCGUCACUGAACUGAAGGUGGAAAGCAGAGAGCUGGAAGAAUCUGCUCUCUCUGCCAUCCAGCAGAAGAUUUAUUUUCCUUUCUGGUUUUACUGCUGUCCUUGAUUUAUUUGUGAGCCAAAGAAAGCAUUAUUUGGGAAGAGUCUUAAUGAUAAAGCGGGAGAUGCUCGCCCCGCAGCCGAGCGGGAGGAGGGGGUUUGAGGCAGGAAUGAACAGAUGGAGCUUCCCUUUGGAGCUUCCCUUCCUGCUCCUGCUCAGGUGGGAGGGAAAAAACACCCUCCAACAUUCCCAGUGCCCCUGGUCGGGAUUCUCUGUGCAUGUGUUCAGAGCAAGAGCUGCACCUCACCAAGCUUUAACAUCCCUGUAGGGUUAUAACAGGGAAUUUUCCACGGAUUUUCCAGGAAAAAGGCUCCACUGGGGCUGGAAGUGUGGGAAUGUGAUGACUCUGUCAGGUAUCAGCCACAAAAAACAUUCACAUCAAGGGAUUUUUGCUUAAAAAAAAAGCAAGAAAAAAAGAAAAAAAACCAGUGUGAGAUUGAGUCAGGGACUGGACGUCAAAGGUCACCCAGAAAUUCUUUGAUACAAAUACUGUCUGUGUGUGUGUCUGUGUGCGUGUGUGUGUGUGUGUGUGUUUGAAGGAGACAGUAACAAAAGACUCUAAAAAAUAAUGUUUACAGCUUUUGUGGACAGAUUUUAUUAUUAUGAUGGAACAAACACAAUUCCUUCCUGCAUGGUGUGGGAAAUCUGAAGGAGAAGUCCUUGCACAAGGAAUAGAGCUACAGAACUCCACUACUGGGGAGAGGGGAUAUAAAUAAAAUUGUGGAAAUAACUCCCA